CCGGUUAGACUAGUCUUAUCAUCCUUCUUCUUCUUCUUCCACAUUGUUCAAGCGUGAAAGAGAGAUCAGAUCCUUCUGCUGUGGAAUUAGGGUUUCUCAGAUACGAAAUGGAUUGGCAAGGGCAGAAACUGGUAGAGCAGCUGAUGCAGAUCUUACUGGUGAUCUCCGGCGUAGUCGCGUUGGUUGUUGGAUACACAACGGAGUCGUUCAGGACGAUGAUGCUGAUCUACGCAGGUGGUGUUGUUCUCACGACUCUGGUCACUGUACCUAAUUGGCCUUUCUACAAUCAUCAUCCUCUCAAGUGGUUAGAUCCGAGCGAGGCCGAGAAGCAUCCCAAACCAGAAGUUGUUUCCGUUGCUUCUAAGAAGAAGUUUUCUAAGAAAUAGGUCUGUUUCUGAAAUCUCUCUCGGAGGAGUUGUUUGUAUGAGAUUGUUUUGGAUCUGAAUCUUAAUUAUAUUAUGAAUUGACAAUUUUCUGGGUUUGAUUCUUAUCAUCUUAUGUUCUUUGUCAAAGAAUUGUGGUACGUUAUGUUGUUGUCAUAGAAACUUGAAUGUGUUAAGCUGUAA